GAGUCAAGAUGAAUGUUAAGCGAGUUAAUUAUCCUGAGGAGAUGGUCUGACUGAGUGAACGUCAACCAGAGCAUGAAGCUACUGUAGUCUGUCUAGUCCGUUGCUCCAAGUCUGUGUAUCCACUUCUCUCAGAUGGGACACAGCUAUGUUCUUACAUAUCAUCCUUUUUUUGCACUCUUUCAUGUGGAUUGUAAGGACCUCAAAAAUGGACAAUCUUUUGGAAGAAAACUUUGACAAAGUUGAAUCAUCUAAAACUACAAUGGAAGUGCACAGUCCAAAUCCAAGUGCUGAAACGCUCUCAAGGAAAGAGAAGCGGAAAGUGUGCAAGGAUGGAAGUAUUGAGGGAACUUGCAUGUCAGGAGAGAGAUGCUUUGCUCUUGGUGGCGAAGUAGGUCAUGUUUGUAGCAAUCACCUCAAUUGUUGCACAUUUGUUCACUCAUGUGGGGAUGCAACUUCCGAAAGAGUUUCCUAUUUCCAGUCUCCAAACUAUCCACAGAAAUCAUCUGGUUCCCUGGCUUGCGACUUUGACAUACUUAUUCAAAAAAAUGUCUGUGCAAUCAGGAUAGACUUUGAAUCAGUCAAUUUAGCCGGCAAGCUGGGAGGUGUUUGUGACAUCGAUCAACUCUUUAUUCUCAACUCCGUGGAUGGUCCAACUAGUGGGCAGUGUGGACUUUUGUCAGGUUAUUCAACUACUGUGGCAGUUCAGCCAAGUCAAGUGAAACCACUGAAACUUGCCCUGCUUAUACAGAAUGAGUUGUUCUACCAUUGGUUUAUCAAGAUUACCCAGUUGCCUUGUGAAGCCUUGGAACAAUUCAAAGGCCCAUCAUUUUGUGGCAGAGUCUUUGGAGAUCCAAACGAAAUUGAAGAAAAUAACUACAUACCAAGUUCCACAGAUCCAGUCUGGUGGAGACAUCCAGAGCCUACUGUAAACACUUACUAUUAUGUGGCCACUAAGAAACACAUGGCACUGGCAUUCCAGAACAAGCUCCAGAGGUCAAGUGACAGACGAAUUAUCAAUGGCUUGGAGACAAGACCAGGAGAGUUUCCUUGGGCAGCCGCUAUUGGAAUGGAUGGAAUAUUCUUCUGUGGGGGAGCAGUCAUCAACAGUCAGUUUGUGUUGACUGCAGCUCACUGCCUCUUGACACGAGAUUCUCCGAUAGAAACGUUAGCUGUCCACAUUGGAGAUUAUGACCUGACAAUAGAGAAUGAGACAGAACAUGUGAUCCGAGGAGUACGGCGCGUGUUGUUCCACUCACACUUCCAUCCGUUCCUGCUUGCUAAUGACAUUGCUCUCCUUCACCUCAGUAGUCCAGUACAGUUUAACAUCUUCAUCCAACCAAUCUGCUUGCCACAAUCAGGUGAGAAGUUAUCCUGGAAGGAUGCCACAGUUGUUGGCUGGGGCUUCACAUCGUUCCCGGGAGGAACGCCAAGCCCGAGACUCCAAAAGCUACAAGUCCAGACAAUUUCUAACUCAGAAUGCGCCACACUGAUAGAAGAGCCUGUGUCGCCUGGAAUGAUAUGUGCUUCAUCUGGUCACACACAAGGAACUUGCUUUGGUGACAGUGGAGGUCCUCUCAGCAUCACCAGCAAGGAUGGAGUUAACACAGUUAUCGGAGUGGUCAGCUUUGGCAUUAGUGGGUGUGCCAUGUUGCCCGGUGUACCGGACUUGUAUACCCGUGUCUCAGAAUACAUCAUUUGGAUCAGUGUUAAUACAUGGAUGUGAUAUACCUCUUUCGUUGGCAAAGUGUAGAUUAAAAAAUCAUUUAAUUAUUAAACGUGAAUGCAAU